AAACCCUAACUGGUUGACUCUUACUACCCAUUUCACUCUGCUGCAAUUUUCUCUCUAGGUUUUAGGAGUGGUAAUCCGAGGCGGCGGCGGCGGAAGCGUAGGAUUUCCGCAAUGAAGCAGGUAGUGGGGAUCGUCGUAUCCAACAAGAUGCAGAAGUCGGUGGUGGUGGCUGUGGAUCGGUUGUUUCAUCACAAGCUCUACAAUCGCUAUGUGAAGCGCACCAGCAAAUUCAUGGCGCACGACGAGAAAAAUGAGUGCUCCAUCGGUGACCGAGUAAUUCUGGAUCCUUCAAGGCCAUUGAGCAAAAGAAAGAACUGGAUUGUCGCCGAGAUAUUGCGGAAGGCAAGAGUCUAUGUUAAACCAUCUCCUGCUGCUCAAGCUUUUGGUGAAUCAGCUGUUGGUUCGAGUGCACCCCAGAGCUUGCCUUCUGCAUGAGCUUCCUGAGCUAGGACAAAUGAAUUGUAUGUUCUCACGAAGGCCCCUGCUUUCGACUUGCCAAAAUAUUUUCCUUCGACAGUGCAAUUCUAAGUGAGUGUGACAAGAAUAUGCUUCAUUUCUUUUCAUCUUGUUGUCUAUUGUCCAGUCUUGUUCUUUACAUUAACAAUUAAGAUGAAUUAGAAGGACGUGCCAUAUACAUUGAUAAUUCUUCUGAAUAAUGCUUGACUUUUGAUCUAUUUGGUUUUCAA